AUGGUUUAUUUACUUUUUAUGUUGAGUGUAAUACUUGUGGUUGGGUUUAUUAGUUUUUCUUCUAAACCUUCUCCUGUAUAUGGUGGGUUGGGUUUGAUUGUUAGUGGUGGGCUUGGUUGUGGAAUUGUGGUUUAUUAUGGUGGGUCUUUUUUAGGUUUGAUAGUAUUUUUAGUUUAUUUGGGUGGGAUAUUAGUGGUAUUUGGGUAUACUACGGCAAUGGCUACUGAAGAGUAUCCUGAGGCUUGGGGAUCAAAUAUAGUUAUUAUAAUGGCUAUGAUCAUUGGUGUGUUGAUAGAGUUAGUAGUUGUAGUUUUAUUGGUUGGUGGUUUUGGUGGAAAUUAUGUUUGUGAUUUUGUAGGAUCAAUUGAUUGAUCAAUUUAUAGUAUUGAGGAUCUUAAUUUAGUGCGUGAGGAUUAUGUAGGAGCAUCUUCUUUAUAUAAUUAUGGUAGUUGAAUAAUAAUUAUGGCUGGGUGAGCUUUAUUUGUCAGUGUAUUUAUUGUUAUUGAGAUUACUCGUGGGCGUUAA